UACGCAAAACAGGAUGACGAGCGAGUCAUCAUCCUCUGGUGACUGGAUUCCGCAGGAUGAAUUUAAUGUUAAACUCGGCAAACAAUUCAAUGGGGCUUGUCAUGUAAAUGGUGUUACUCUGAUCACUUGUCAAAAUACUCAGGACAACAAAUUCCCAAAUGGUGAUACUUUAUCUUACAAUUCCACUAACACUAUGGCUUCAGUUCUAGAGCAUGCUGAACCAUAUACAUAUACUAAUCCAGGUGUCAGCUUGGCUGUGAACAGGUCUGAAUCCCAGGUAUCAGAUGAUGAAAAUUAUGAAGAAGAUUUAAGCAUACUUCAAGCUGUGGUCUUUAUUGAAGAUGCUGCAAAGCACAGAGACAUACGUCACAAGAUUGACAAAGAUGCUCUACGAUUAUACAGGAUUUAUCACUCUAAACCGAUUGAAGUGUUCAGGACAAUUGUCAUCUGUGUACUUCACCUGCUGGCCUUUUUUGAGUUCCCAUCUUCUCUCACCUGGACCUCUGACAUUCGUUACCGUGGCGACAGGAUCACACUUCCCUGUGGUGUCACUGAGGGAAUUGAGCUUGUCUGUCUGUUGUUACUGACAGUGGAUGUUUGUAUAAAGAUCCAUUUGGUUGGGAAGGUAGAGGUGCUGAAGAAGAAGUGGCUGGUUGCUGCCCUAGUGGUUCUGACUUUCUCGUUGAUAGACUGGAUGGUCACCAUCGGUAUGAGUUGUACAGAGACAAAAAGAAUCCGAAGAAUUGUGCGCCCUUUCUUCCUGAUAGCCAAUUCAAAUUUGAUGAAGAAGACAGUAAAAUGUGUACAGAGAACUCUACCUGAGGUGGCAAGUGUGUUGUUAUUGCUGGCCCUACACUUGUAUGUGUUCACACUCCUGGGGAUGCUGCUGUUUCCCACUCCAAGAGACACUGACAGCACUACAAAUAAUUCAGUGGAGGUUUUCCUGACAGGGAAUGGUUCCAACAGUAGCACCAUGUCGCCUAUAUCCAACACCACAGAGGUACCAGUGGUACAAGAGGGUAAUAUAUAUUUUAGGACCAUUUCUAAUGCCUUCAUGAACUUACUGGUUCUACUGACCACAGCUAAUAACCCUGAUGUCAUGAUGCCUGCAUAUCAACACAACAGGUUCUAUGCAUUGUAUUUCAUUACAUUUUUGUUGAUUGGCAACUACUGUUUUAUGAACAUGUUUCUGGCUGUGAUCUACAACCAGUUUAGAGGUUAUUUUAAGACCUCCAUGCAAGCUAGUCUGUUGAGACGGAGGGUUGGGGUGCGGGCUGCGUAUGAGGUGCUAAAGGACAGAGACCUUUAUACUCAAGUGGCUAGUUCUCCAGAGUCUGGUGUUGCUAUAGAAACAGUGAAAUUGGUGUUAGAUGAUGUUACAUUACCAAAAAAAGUCAAAAUGGCCAUAUCUCAGGACUUGAGUGCAAGACAGACAAAUCAAGUUGAUAGUCUACAGAACCUACAGUUUCAGGAGUGUUUUGAUCUUAUAGUGAAAGAAUCUUUUACUCGACAUAAACCAGAAGUACGGUGGCUGUCUAACCCCAUCCUCCGUCAGAUACAGCGAGUAAUUGCCCACCGAGGCUACAACUAUUUUGGCAAUGUUGUAGCCUUGUUCAAUGUCGUCAUGAUUUCUGUGGAACUUGCGACUCAGUACGAUAAAUCUCUUAACUCCAGUAAAUCAGCUCUCAAUAUUGUGAAUUUUGCCUUCAUUUUGUACUACCUGUUUGAGCAAACUCUCAAGAUAGCUGCCCUGGGAUGGAAACGAUAUGUGUAUGAAAGAUGGAACAUUUUUGACGGCAUCACUACCGUUUUUCUUGUGAUAUUAGAAAUAUUUUCAAUAGCCAAAUAUGGUCUUCCUUUAUCAAAGGCUGGGGAAGUCCAUGAUCAGCUGACCCUUUGGAAUGCUGUCCGCAUCAUCAACAUCCUUAUCAUGGUGCGACUGUUUAGGAUCAUCCCUCACAUUAAGGCAAUGUCUAUUGUCGCCAAUACCCUUGUGGAUCUUAUAAAGAAUCUGAAAGCUUUUGGUGGUAUCCUGGUGGUGAUAUAUUACUCAUUUGCUAUACUGGGUAUAGAGAUCUUCCACGAUGUUAUAAAUUUCACAGAGCCAAAUAGCACUGUAGCAGGCAGCCUUGCCUAUGACUGUGGGACAUACCAACAACUCGAGUACUGGGCCAACAACUUUGAUGACUUUGCAGCAGCCAUUGUUGUAUUGUGGGACGUGAUGGUUGUCAAUAACUGGAGCAUAUUCCUGGCAGCGUACGCCAAGGCUCUGUCUCAGUGGAGCUAUAUAUACUUUAUAGUCUGGUGGCUGGUAUCUGUUAUAAUAGUGCUACAGCUUUUCACAGCCCUAAUCAUCGAGAAUUUCAUCAUGAAGUGGGACCGUAGUAGUCGACAGCAGCAGGAGGAGAGGAAUGAAGACCUGGGAAACAACAGCUUUACAGAAUCUCUUCACUAUAUGUCACUCCACGAAAUGUUCAGAGAAAAUUUAGAAGAGCCUUCAGAGUCGGUGAUUAUACAGGAGAUUCAGAACAACAAGUUCCUGCAAUUAAAUAUAUCACAGUCCUGAUAGACCCACAUGUGUACAGUUGUUACCACCGUGUGUCUUCCUAUUGUAUAACAAUACGUACACUUCAUAGCUACCAGACAGUGAAAUUCUACACAAAAGUAUAGCAGAACUGGUCUAAAAACUACACAUAAAUUCUAAUUGAUCAAUAUUUACAUUAAGAGACACACAAACACCCUCACCAUCACACAGUUGUAUAUAUAAAAUUCAUAGUGGGACCAAAUUGAUUUAUGUAUAAAGUCUGGUUAUUUUUAUUGCACAAGCUUUAUAGCAGUUACUUCCCCUUCUACAGGUAAAUUGCCACUGGGGUGCAAUCUUUU